AUGCAUAUAUACCCUAGGCGCAGGAGGGGCCCCUUGCUGCUGCUGUUACUGGUAUCUCGUGCUGCUGCUGCUGCUGCUGCUGCUGCUGCUGCUGCUGCUGCUGUUUUUUUUUGUCUGUCAGAAGACAGGACAGAGGCCGGGGCUUCUUCUUCCUCCCAUUUGCUGCUGCAGCAACAGCAGCAGCAGCAGCAGCAACAGCAACAGCAGCAACAGCAGCAGCAGCAGCAACAGCAACAGCAGCAACAGCAGCAACAGCAACAGCAGCAGCAGCAGCAGCAGCAGCCAGAGCAGCGAAGCGUCUCCUGCGUUGUUGCUGCCUCUAUGGCUCAAGCCCAAGGAGACCCCCCCGCUGCUGCUGCUGCUGCAGCAGCAGCAGCAGCAGCAGGAGCAGCAGCAGCAGAGAAGCUGCCCGUGCUGCUGUUCCUUGUGUCUCCUGCUGCAGCAGCUGAGGUGUCUCCUUUUGGCGGCAGCUUGCUGCUGCAGCAGCUAGCCGUCGAGCUGCUGCAGCAGCUGGGAUCCGAUCCCGUCAAGGAGACAGAAAAGGAGACAGAAAAGGAGACAGAAAAAGAAACAAAAAAAGAAACAAAAAAAGAGACAGAGAGAGAGACAAAAAAGGAGACAAAAAAAGAGACAGAGAGAGAGACAGAAAGAGAGAGAGAGGAGACAAAAAAGGAGACAGAAGAGGAGACAGAGAAGGAGACAAAAAAGGAGACAGAAAAGGAGACAGAAGGGAGACAGGGGUUGGGGCUUGUCUCCUGGCUCUGCUGCAUCCGUAACAAAUAUUACGCAGCAACUAUCAGAGCUGUCAUGCUGCAGCUGCCGCAGCAGCAGCAGCAGCAGCAGCAGCAGCAACAGCAGCAGCAGCAGCAGCAGCAGCAGCAGCAAGUGGAGCAACUGCAGCAGCACAACGCAGCAGCUUUGCCUGCGGUUGCUUCGUGCGCUGCAGCAGCAGCAGAGGAGGAGACACCUGUUGAGGGAGAGGAGACAGCUGCAGCAGCAGCAACAGCAGCAGCAACAGCAGCAGCAACAGCAGCAGCAGCUGCUGCUGCUGCUGGUAGCUGCUGCAGUGGGUUAGAGGCCGUUGUCUUUGUGUGCAGCAGAGAAGAGAGAGACAAACUGCUAGCAGCAAGGAGACAGAUAGAGGAGACAGACAGCAGCAAGCUGCUGCUGCCGCUGCCCUGCAUGGCCUCAAGGCCUGGCGCCACACAGCAGCAGCAGCAGCAGCAGCAGAAGCAGCAGCAGCAGCAGCAGCAGCAGCAGCAGCAAAGGAGCUGGCGCCACACAGCAGCAGCAGCAGCAGCAGCAGAAGCAGCAGCAGCAGCAGCAGCAGCAGCAGCAGAGGAUAGAGGAGGAGGAGACAGGAGACUGGGAUGA